AUGGUGGUGCCAGGUGUGAACAUAUUAGCUGGUUGGUCUGGCGUGGUAGGAACUUCUGCUGCGAGGAACUGCCGCUGUUAUCACCAGUGGUGGCAAUCUUCACGUAUGACGCCAUGGAUACGUGGAGGAACUACCGCUGCGAGAAACUACCGCUGCAAGGAGAAACUUCACGUCAUCCCGUUCGACACCGCACAGAGUGGAGGAACUGCCACUACAACCACCACAUGUAAACUGUCAGGCGAAGAACUGCCAGUGUUAUCACCGGUGGUGGUAGCCUUCACGUGCAACGCCAUGGAUACGCAGAGGAACUGCCGCUACGAGGAGAAACUUCACGUCGUCCCGUUGGACACUGCACAGAGUGGAGGAACUGCCGUUGUGACCACCACAGUAAAGUAUACGCGGACACUAAUGAACGUGGGAACUCUGGCGAUGUAUAAGGUAUCUGUGACAUCGCAGGUGGAGUCGGUAAAGAUCUUGGUCGAUCUGGAUUCAUUGGCCUUCAGUCAACCAAACGAGAAGAAAACAUAUAUGGUGACGUUCAGCGGGGGUUCGAUUCCAUCGGGGAUGACUAGCUUUGCUCGUCUCGAGUGGUUGGACGGGAACCACGCUGUUGAGAGCAAGAACACUCUGGGUUGA